CUACAACUACUAAAACCUUAUUAAAAACCAAGCCUAAAAACUUUAAACCCAAAUUUAACAGAAUUACUUAUGAAAAAGCCAUUAAAGCCACUCUCAAUAAACUUACCAGUCCUCAACACUCUAGUGUAUAUGCAACUGCUCUUAAAUUUGAGGUUGCAGAAACAACACUAAGCUAUAAAGAAACACAACUUGUAGGCUACUGCCUGAAUAUGCAAAGUUUGGAAUUCGGUUUAACAAGAUCGGGUGUUAACCAUUGUGUAAUAGAGAUUAAUAUAGAUGAGACAGGGUUCAUUAUUUCUGCUAGAGUCCAAAAGGUACUUGCUAAAAAAGGUGCUUAUCAAGUUCACAAAAUUGCUUAUGGCAAUGUGCAUGAGCACAUAUCCAUUGCUUCAACUAUUUCUGGCUUGCUAACUGGUGCUCCAUCUGGUAGUAUUAUGGCUUUUAUAGAUUCUGGGUAUAUGAAAGAAAGUAUAUUUGAAAUGUAUAUUAAACAUUUUGUUAAUUCAAUUUCACCUUCUCAUCUUCUAGCCGAAAUUCUGUUUUCAAAACUUAAAAAAGAAUAUGAUAAAGGUUGUAAUAGGCUUCAUAAUAUUAAUGGCAAAAUAGUAACAAAAUAUUCUUUCACCAGCAUACUUGGGCUGGCAUAUAUCAAAGCUUUUACAUCUGAAGUGAUUAUGAAUUUAUUUAAAACUACAAGGAUUUGGCCUUUCAACCCUGACACUAUUAGUAUUGAUCAUCUUAAUCUCUCACUAUCAACUAAAAAAACUGAUUUUUUACUAUCAUUAACUAAACAAACUUUGUUAUCACCUUCGUUACCAACAUCUUCAUUAUCUUCAUCCUCGUUACCAUCAACUCUGUUAUCUUCAUUUUUAUUAUUAUCAUCUUUGUUACUAUCUUCUUCAUUAUUUUCAUCAUCACACAUAUCUUUAGAAUCUUUAAAAAUAGAAAAUGAACACCUUAAAAAAGAAAUUAAACAAUUAGAGAAAAUGAAACAAAAUUAUAUUACAAUGCAAGAAGAGUUAGAGACAUUUAAGAAACCUGGUACUUCAUCAUUGAAACUAAUACUGAAAUAUCCUGCUUCAUGCUUGUUGUCUGCUAAUGAAACUUUGAAAGAAGCAGACAAUUUAGCAAAAAAGAAAGUUGAGAAAACUAAAAGAAAAAAAGAAGUAGCUGCUCAAAAGAAAGCUGAACAUGAACUAAAAAAGGCACAAAA